GCGGGCCUCCGAGGUUGGAUCGAGGCCGAAGGGCACACACACACACACACACACCUGACCAAGAGGGCGAUCAUUCUGUACUGUACCGCGCCGGGCCCCGAGGGCAUCGCAUGCACCCCAUAUUUCCAGCGGUGCCACUGGAUGCCCGUCAGCUGCAGCAGACCAUUCGUCUCCCUACGUAAAGCAAGCUCGGUGCUUCUUGCGGUCACUGCUCAAAUCCAAGUAUCAUUCAGCGAGGAGGCAGCGAGCAUUGCAGCACCGAGCAUUGCAGCAGAGCACCCCUCCCUCCCUACGACAUACAGUACUCGACCCCGGGUCCAAAUAUUAUUGAGCCUCUCGCCCAAAGCGCUGAAAACCCUCUGCGUACCCAUCUCUGCCAUCCCACCUUCCUCCACGAACCUCUAGCCUCCUCUUGAUGAUAGCAACCUUCGAAUUCCAAACUUCACCAUGUCUGCGAGCGCGAGAACGUCCUCCUCAACCUCCUCUGCGGAGCUGUCAGGAGCUGGUACGUAC